AUGCUCGAGCGCGCUGUUCGGUGUAUCGAGAAUGCUAGCCAGCAUGUCUAUCUCGGUUCCAAGCACACGUUUAGGUCCAGACGAACCCUACAUCCGAGAUUCUGGAACUGCAAUACCGAGGAUUCCGCAAUAUCCCUUUUAUAUUUCUACAUCGUCCAGUCUCCAUCCGGAAAGUCUUCUUCGGGACACGACAAUGAUGCCCCAUACGUCGAAACGGCGUCCUCGUCGACACCUCUCGAAUUCCUCUACCCUCCCAAAACCCGAUUGUUCGCUCGUACCUACACCACCUCCGAACCGAAGAGAAACGUCAGUCAAGGCAGAAGGAAACGAAAUCUAUCCAGGCCUUACUCGUCUUCGGCUAGCAGGUGUCUUCCCGAAGAAUCACUAGAGGUUGACAACCCACCAGUGGACGAUGCGGAUUUAGAGGAGACCCCAAAGGACCUUCAGACGUUCCUUUCAGAGAAAGGUCCACAAGAUUAUGGUGCCGCAUGGGGGCUCUACAGGUCCAGUGGGUCUCCUGAAGGUGUAGAGUCCGAACUCUUAUCCUACCUCUCUGAUUCACAGGAUCCUCGAGAUUUUCAGCGUUGUCAACUUCUUUUCGAACUAAUUUCUCCCUCGUGCCGAAGUGAAAGUGAUUAUUUAAGUGCAGCAAAGGUUGCUUUGAAUAUUAAAAGCCGAGACUAUAAAUCUUUCGCCUUAGAGAUAUGUCAGGAAGCAUCUUCGCGGGGGAAAACACAAUGCUGGCACUAUGCCUUCAUAGGUCUUGUGGAUGAGAUGGAUUGGGAAAAUGCUCUUCGGCUUUGGGAGAUAAAACCUGAUUCUUUGGCCUAUAAGUUACAAUUCCCAGAGGCGCCACAAUCGAAAUUCCUGGCGAGCCGCCUACUCACGCUCCUGAAGAAUAUCCAACCCUACGAAACCAAAGACGCCAUGGAAAUGGCACGCUAUAUGCUUCGAGUUGUCCUGUCGCACGAUAAGGUAAUGAUGAACGUGCCGGUGAAAGAAUUGUUGAGCAUCUUCGAAAGCUCCAUCAAACUUAAGCUGUUUGACCGCUGUGAUUACAUCAAAGCUAUCAAUACUUUACGUUCCUCAGACAUCAGAUCGGCAAACGGACGCUCAAUUAUGGUAUACCGCAAUUUCCGCUGGCGCAUGCCCGAAGAGAUUCCGCCUCAAGGAAUGAUCACUAGGCUAUUGCGCAUGUUGUGCGAGAUAGAAGUCUUGGAAGGCGUCGAUUAUCUCCUGGGUGAACAUCGUCUGCACUACGGUAUACCGUCGAAAUUGGACUACCACGGUGCCCUAACGGUGUCUGCAAGGCUUGGUGAAACUUCGACAACCAUGCGUUUUUAUAAUGACUACUCGGCAGACUACGGUAAGGCGGUUUCAACGGAGAUAUUAACGCCACUUCUCUAUGUUCAUGCAAGGACCGGCGAUGUGAAAGGAACACAAAAAUGGUUUGAUUAUGUCUCCGGGCUCGGGAUCAGGCCAAAGAUUCAGUAUUGGAAUAUUCUUCUUACUGCAUAUUCCAAAAAUAAGGAUUUAGAAGGAGCCUUUCGCAUAUUCCGACAGAUGCUCAAGGCUGGUAUAGCGCCUGACUCAAUCAGCUUUACUAUUUUGAUGGGUUUGUCUGCAGGUCGUGGUGAUACUAAUGCCGUCUUGGAUUUGUUUGACAUGGCCAAACGGAAUGGGGUUCGUCUGUCUCGCUCAAUGUUCGACACUAUCGUGCAAGUACUUUGCAAGCACAGAAGGUUCAUCGACGCUGAGAUAGCGGCUGAGGAAGCCACAUCCGUCUUCCCAGCCAACACCAUGACUAGAACCUGGAAUAUCCUCUUGUGGAAUUACGCAUACACCAUCGAUAUGAGCUCCAUGUCAAGGAUACAAAAUCGAAUGCGGGAAGCAGGAAUUCGAUUUGACGGCAUGACUUAUGCUGCCCUGAUGUCUAGCCUUGUGCGCGUCGGCCAGACCGAUUCUGCACGUAAGGUCCUGGGGGUUUUACACAAAAACCACGAAAUUCACCUAACACCUUUCCAUUAUGCUAUUCUUCUCCAUGGUUACGCACAAGAAAAGAACCGUGACAUGGUCCAAGUUUUAUAUCUUGAGAUGAUGGAGCGGUUCAGUAAAGUUGGUCUGAGUGGAACGCUUGCCAUGUUCAAAUCUGAAAUCGAUCGUGAUAUCCGACGAGCUCGCGAAACAAUGGGCGGUGCAUCUGGUGGAAAAUUUAUUCUUCCCCACGCAGAGGAGCUUCUCAAAUCCGCUAUUGAAAACCUUGGUACAAAAGACUUCAGCACCAAACAGCCGCAACCUGGUGCUCACGGGCGUUCGCUUCGUGAGGCCUUUCCUACGGUAUUUUAUGAGCAUCUUAUUAGAGCCUAUGGACAAAAGAAUGAGGGCCAAAGAGUCGGAGAGCUGUUUUUGGAGUUCUCGGAAAAAUCGAGGACCACGCUUUCCGAUCGCCUACCCCAUUCCCCUGUGAUUCUCCAUGCUCUAAUGGUUAAUUAUCUUUCAAAAAACAAGCAUUAUGAGGUCAAGAAAUGCUUUGAGGCCGCUCUUACCCAUACCCUCCAGCGCUCUCGUGGCGUCAACAUCAAGACAGCACUAUCUCGUCCAACCGGGACUUCCACACCGCUUAACAGGAGCGCUGAACAUCCAUCUGAGGUUUCAUAUUACGACGAUAUGCCAACUGUUCUGCCUUUCCAUCGCUUUGAUCUUUCUCACUGUAUUUCAACAUAUAUGCAAUCUCUGGCAUCUCAAAACCAGCAAUCAAAAAUUAUAGAUGUUGUGGCGCAGGUUGAAAAGUUUGGCUUCGCACUCAGCACCCAUAACUGGUCCCUCUACGUUAAUAUCCUCUGCCUCUCACAGGAUCCAGCGGCGCAAACCCAGGCGUUCAGUAUUUUCGAAGACAAGUUUAUGCCUAAUUACCCUGGUUGGAGGUAUAUACAACGUGGAUACGCCCUGCGCCCGGAAGGUGCACAUAUGGAAAUGGAUCUUAUGGAGGGAACCUUUCGCCGUGGGAAGCCAGGACGCAUGAUGGGACGAAAAGGUCGUGCGCUUUGGGCAAAAGUCCAGCCGGAUUAUAUGCAGCCUACUUAUCUCAAUAUACUCCACCUUGCAUGCGCCUUGAUUGAUUUCAGAUCACGGUCGAUUACAGAUGGAGGGUCUGAGAUGCGUCAUCUAUUUUCAAAGGCCCCAGAGACUUACACUGCCGUUGCAACAAUUCCCUAUUUGGAAGAUAAAUUCCAAAACAUCCUCCGUCAAUACAAGUCCGACCAGGCAAAUGUGGAUAGAAAUCCAAAUGCCAAUAUUCGAAAUAAUGAAGUUUGGACUGGAGGUGUUCUGGGAGAAGGUGGCGAGCGAAUCAACACCGGUGUGGUGCCGCCCAUUCCCAAGGACGACGUCGAAAAUGCUGAAGAAGGCGAAGAAGGAGAAGACUACCUUGAAGACUAUAUUGAAACUACCGAAGAAGAAGACAGCGACCCUGAAGCUGAAGGAGAUCCUUCUGAGAUGCCUGGAGGACCGGAAUAUUUUGUAACAACGGAACCCGAAUCCCCCUUGUUAGAAUCGCUGUUGGCUGAAGAUAUGUCCCGCAGGAUGGGCAUGGAGAUGUUCGAACAGUCAGAUAUGAAUCCCUCAGCGGAGCGGACCCUGAGCCCUGAAGAUGAGUGGGAUUUGGAUAACGAAAGCCUCCUCUCUACACAGGCGAAAACAGAGUCGGAGCAAUAA